CAGGAUACAAGGGAAGAAUUCAAAAGAUGUGUUACUCUCUCUGAUCAUCGCGCCAAACUCAGACGCAGAGAAUCAGUUACAUUUUCUGUUCAAAUGUAACUGAUUGAAACAUAGAAGAAGAAACAGCUCAAGCUAGAGCAUAGAAGAAGAAACAGCUCAAGCUACAAUGAGGAAAUAGCCAUGAGAAUCCUCAGAGAAACAGAGAACAAAGAAGAAGAAGAAGAUAACAAACUCAACACAAAUCUCAUAAUGAUCCUAAAUCUGUUUUUGCUUCCUUUUAACGCAUCUUUCUUCACAGUCUUGAGCUCCAAAUGAUCUCCACCGUUGAGCCAAACUUCUAAUCUCCACCUUACACGUGUCUAUUACUCUUUUCUCUUUUCCUAUAUCAGUUACUCUCUCUGAUCAUCGCGCCAAACUCAGACGCAGAGAAUCAGUUACAUUUUCUGUUCUUGAUCAAGAUCAAAUAUCUUGAUCAAUUUUCUUUUCCGCUUUGGAGAACCGUAACAUUGAACCACCAACAGAGCGGACGACGCCGGAACUAGUAAUGGCAACGCCGGAACUAGAAAUGCCGCCAACGCCUGCUUCUUCUACCACCACUCGCUCUUCCCUUCCACACAGCACCGCUCGCUCUUCCCUUCUUCAGGAGUUGCAGGAACUAUGGCUCGAGAUUGGUGAAAGUGAUGAUAUUAGAGAGAAGAUGACGCAAGAACUUGAGCAGAAAUGUCUAGAUAUAUACAAAGAAAAGGUUGAUGAAACUCGCAAGUACAGAGAUGAGUUACAGAGAUCGUUAUCUGAAGCUGAAGCAGAAAUUGCCAGCCUCAAUUCUACACUUAGUGAACAAAAAGGAGCCUCUUUAAAGGAUCGCAUUUCCACUGUAAAGCCUCUACUGGAAGAUCUGCGGAUGAAAAAAGAUCUGAAAGGGAAAGAACUUUCUGAGAUACUGACACAAAUAGCAGAGAUCUCUUCUAACAUAGCGGGGAAUGAUUACCCUUGUAGCUCUGGCGAUCUGACACAAACAACAUUGGAUGGACUUAAAGCAUAUUUGCAGUAUCUUCACAAUGAAAAGGCUGUUCGACUGCAGAAAGUAAACUCGUAUAUCAGUGUUGUCCAUGAGUUGUCAGAGAUAAUGUCAUUUGAUCUCUCUGAGGCCUUGCUUAAAGUCCAUGAAAGCUUGACCGGAUGUUCAUUAAGUAUUUCUGAUGAUACACUUGCUGGAUUAACAGAACUUGUAGAGUCUCGGAAGAAGGAGAAACAUCAGAGGCUGCUUCAGUUACAAGGUUUGCUAAGAACAAUGCAUGAGCUGUGGGAGCUAAUGGAAACACCUGUGGAUGAGAGGGGAAGAUUUGGCCAUUUCAGUAGUUUACUCUCUCAGGCAGCUGAUGAUGCCUUGGAGAAAGGGUGCCUAGGUCUGGACAUUCUCCGGGAGGCUGAAGCUAAAGUGGAAAGACUGAAUGCCCUGAAUGAAAGCCAAGAAAAAAUGAAGGAAUUGGCGGUGUCUGAAACUGCAACGCAGCACCUGCCGGAAGAACAAUUAGGUAGUCCAGAUACACAGGGAUCAAGCUCCAAUGUUGGAGAUUCAGAUGCCGUUAAAGCUGAGUCGUUCAUUAAGCAGGUGCUCCUGAAGAUAGAAGAAAGGAAGAGGGGCACUGGUUCUGAAGUAUCCAUAGUACUUUAUGACCAUUUAAGUAGGCUCUUUCAAAGCUACUACACUCUCCCAGAAAUGGAGAAAGAAUUUCGAGCUACUUACACCACUUACGAUCCAAGUGCUAAAUUGCCGGGUCAUUGCUUUAAGUUGUUUGUAGAGAGUAUCGAUGGUGCUGAAGGAGGUGGUGGCGCCGCUUAUUUGAGACGUUCGCUCGACUUUUCUCGACAAAGAAAAGAGGCAGAAGAGAGGAGAAUCGGAGAGGAAGAAAUGGAACAGAGGCGAGCUUUUGGCUACGAAGCAGAGGCAUCUGGAUAUACCCGUACAACUGAAGAGGAGAUACGAGGAAGAAGAGAAAAAGGAGGAAUAAACUAAACAGAGGAAACUUGUUCUCUUUCUCUUUUGUUUCGAGUUAACAAUGUUGUAAAUAGAUGACUGUAGCCGUGAAUGGAGACGUAAAAAAAACUAUAAGCAAAUGAGAAAAGAAAAGAACAAAUAAGAGAGGAGCAGCAGAGAGACAAAGAGAGGAGGAGAUUGAGAGGUCAAGUCAUAGAAGUCAACAUCACAUCUCUUCACAUGC